AUGUCGGCCAUCGGAUCUCUCGUCUUCUGCACGGACUGUGGAUCUUUGCUGGAUGGCUCAAUUGGUGACCCCAGCAAGAUCCUAAUCUGCGAUGUCUGCGGAGCCAAAAAUAAAGAUACCGUUCCUCAGACUAUUGUAUCCGAAUCCAAGCCCAGCGCUUUUCCUUCAUCCCUCAGAGCCAAGCGAUCUGCUGUCCAGACUUUGACAGCGGAAGACAGAAGGACGGAAGCCCUCGCCCAGCACACGUGCGCCAAGUGUGGUAGAAAGGAAAUGUACUUCACAACGGUGCAACUGCGCAGUGCAGAUGAAGGAAGUACAGUCUUCUACACAUGUGUUUGUGGUUACAAGGAGACGAUGAACAACUAA